UGUAGGCGUCAUCCUGUAGCAACAAGAUACCCUUUCCGAACCACGCUGGGAGUUCCCAAUGGCGCAUAUCGAACACGAGCUGUAGUCCGACAUACUAGCCAUGCUGUGAUACCUUAGGAUAUUCCACCGCCAUCCGAACUCGAGAAAUGGCGCUUGAUAUGUCGACCGGCUAUGCUGCACCCAGCACGAGCAACCUGCAAGAUGCCGACGCAUCUCUUCCAAUGUUCAACGUUGAGCUCGUCUCGCUGCAAUUCUCUAUAUCCUCCGACUUUGUAGCGGCCGAGGUCGCCAAUAACGUCCUGAUACUGGCCCUAUCCACCGGUCGCAUCCUCCGAAUAGACCUUGAUAGUCCAGCAGACAUUGACGAUAUUGACCUCCCUAAGAAACCUAGCGAAGUUGGCAUAAUAAAGCGCUUAUUCCUAGAUCCCUCCGCAUCGCACUUGAUCAUCACCACCACUCUCGCCGAGAAUUACUACCUACAUACCCAAUCGCGAACACCGAAAGCUCUUUCAAGACUGAAAGGCGUGUCUAUAGAAAGCAUAUCCUGGAAUCCUUCACAACCUACCGCAUCAACAAGAGAGAUACUCAUUGGUGCAUCGGAUGGCAACGUCUACGAGGUCUACAUCGAGCCGUCAUCCGAGUUCUACAGACGCGAGGAGAGAUAUCUGAAGGGAGUUUAUAAAACAGAUGAUGGACCAAUCACUGGACUGUGGACAGAUCUUGUCCCUGGGAAGCCAGAUCUACGACGGGUCAUCAUAGCGACACCGUCUAGUUUCUUACACUUUGCGGGCAGGAUAGGGAGACAUGGGCACGAGGGAAGCGGCUCAAUCUUCUCUAGACUUUUUGAGAGCGAGAGCGCAACUGUACAUGAAGUAGGCAAUGUCUCUCCGAGCGCAAAGUCUCUCCUUGCCGUGUCUCCUGAGCGACCGGAAACCCCUUCGUCAGAUCAUGCGAAUGCGGAACGUAUCUUUGGCUGGUUGACAUCUCAAGGUGUUCUCCAUGGGAAGCUUUUCCUUUCCUCGGACACUUCUGAAAUAGGUGGUAAAGUGCUGUCAGACUCCCGAAUGUUACCUAGGUCGCAAUUACCACCAUCCCAGACUCCCAGUGGCCGCGCAAAAAAGACACAAGACCCAGUGAGCUCGAUGAUUCUGAGUCAGUGGCACAUCUUGCAGUUGGUGGAGGGCCGCAUUGUUGCCACCAACCGCCUUGACGAUACUGUUGUGCUCGACCAGACUGUUUUGGAACCUGGUCAAAGCGCGCUUGGAUUGGUCGCUGAUAUUAAGAAGAACACGUAUUGGCUUUUCACGACACAAGAGAUCUUCGAGAUUGUUGUCACGGACGAGACUAGGGAUAUAUGGAAGAUCUUGCUAAAAUCGCAGCAGUUUGAGGCAGCCUCACAAUAUGCGAAAACGUCUUCACAGAAGGAUGCUGUUGCUACGGCUUCGGGCGAUUAUCUCGUUGGCAAGGGCCAAUAUCUCGAAGCAGCUGCAGUGUACGGACGGAGCACUAAACCCUUCGAGCAGGUUGCGUUAACCUUCAUCGACAAAGGCGAACAGGAUGCCCUGCGGAAGUACUUGUUAACGAAGUUGACAACUUUAAAAAAGUCUUCCAUAAUGCAGCGUGUACUCGUCGCUACAUGGCUCAUUGAGCUAUACAUGGCAAAAUUGAAUGCUUUGGACGACACGAUAACAACUAAAGCUGAGCUUUCAGAGAGUAUGAAUGCUGCUGAGAGCCAAGAUCAACUGUCAUCCAUCAGAAUGGAGUUUCAAGAAUUUGUUACCAAGUACAAAGCCGACCUGGACCGCAAAACAGUCUACGAAAUAAUAAGCAGCCAUGGAAGGGAGGAAGAAUUACUACACUUCGCAACAGUAAUCAAUGAUUACAACUAUGUCUUAUCAUACUGGGUUCAAAGAGAACGAUGGCAGGAAUCGCUCACUGUUCUCAAGAAACAAACCGAUCCCGAAAUUUUCUACAAAUAUAGCAGCGUUCUCAUGGCUCAUGUACCCAUUGAUCUCGUGGAGAUCAUGACGCGACAAACCAACCUGGAGGCGCAGAAGCUAAUACCUGCUUUCCUCAACUACAACAACAUCACAAAGGCUCCUCUGAAACAAAAUCAGGCAGUCCGUUAUCUGCAAUUCGAGAUCAACCAGCAUCAGUCUACCGAUGCUGCAGUCCACAAUACGUUGAUUUCAAUCUAUGCCUCCCACCCAACGGACGACGAAUCAGAUCUUUUGGCGUAUUUGGAGGCUCAGUCGUAUGCACACGAGCAAAACUACGAUGCCGACUUUGCAUUACGUCUAUGCAUUCAGCACAAACGAGUGCAGUCAUGUGUCCAUAUUUACAGCUCGAUGGGCCAAUAUGUGCAAGCCGUGGAUCUAGCGCUCAAAUACGACGAUGUCGAUCUUGCGAGCACAGUUGCUGAUCGUUCAGAAACGGAACCUGCUCUUCGCAAAAAGCUUUGGCUGGCGAUUGCAAAGAAGGUGAUUUCUCAAUCGUCGGGUAUCAAGACAGCGAUAGAAUUCCUGCGCAGGGUUGAUCUCCUACGGAUAGAAGAUCUCAUCCCAUUCUUCCCCGACUUCAUUGUCAUUGAUGAUUUCAAAGAGGAAAUAUGUGCUGCGUUGGAGGAUUACUCGCGCAAGAUCGAUGAGUUGAAAAAGGAAAUGGAUGAAAGCGAAGAAACGGCCGCGCAUAUCAAGACAGACAUCAAGGCUUUAGAGCAGCGAUAUGCCAUUGUGGAGCCCGGCGAGCGAUGCUAUGUAUGCAGCUUACCGUUACUUGCUCGGCAGUUCUUUGUAUUCCCUUGCCAGCAUGCUUUCCAUAGCGAUUGCUUGGCUAAAAAAGUUGUUGAGUUGGCAGGUAUUGCGCGAGGAAAGCGCAUCGCUGAAUUGCAGAUGGAAGUGAGUAAAGGCACUGGCGUCGGCGCAAAGAGGGAGAAGGCAAUUCGGGAGCUUGAUGCCCUUGUAGGCUCUGCAUGUGUGCUAUGCAGCGAGAUGGCGGUCAAAAUGAUCGAUGAGCCAUUCAUUUCUGCGACAGAUGACAAGGAAGAAUGGGCGUUGUGAUCCAAUUCGACAGCGAUUGCAUACGUAAAGAACAAUUGCCAACUUCUUUAUUGGAAGACAUGCAGUGAUCGUGGCUAUUGAGAGUCUGAUCGAGUGGCACGAUCCGUUCUUCGAAAGGACGAGAAAGGAAUGCCUUGCAUACACGGCCAAGAGAUGCCAGUUGUGGAACAUCUCAUGGUCAUGACACCGCAUGCAUGCUAGUGGCGGGAUCUUUACCCUAAUCUCCGCAGCAUUUAGUUAAUGAAGCUUUUAGGUAGAAACUUAUUUACCCUGGUCAAUCAGGCUACCAUAGCUUCUUGCAUAUCCCC